AGCCCGGCGCCGCCAUGGGUGGUGGGCGUUGAGUCCGUCCCGCUCGGCCGGCGGCGGCAUGGAGGAGGAGAGCAUGGAGGAGGAGGGUGGCGGCGGCGGCUGCUGCGAGGCCAUGAUGGACGAUCAGAACCACAACACUGGGCGCCGGUGGGUACGGGCGGCACCUGGGGCCCCGCCACCGUCACCCCUCUCGGUGACCGCCCCCCGCCGGACGCUGCUGAACGUGGAGCCCGAGGCCAACGGCGUGCUGAGGAACUGCGACCCGGCCGGCGCUGCGGGCAAGGGGGGACCGGGAGGCAUCGCUGCCGCCAUCAACAUCAACGCCUCCACCUCCAAGUUCCUAAUGAAUGUUAUAACGAUUGAAGACUAUAAGAGCACAUACUGGCCAAAGUUGGACAGUGCCAUAGAUCAGCUUUUAACUCAGAGUCCUGGUGACUACAUCCCUAUUUCCUAUGAACAAAUUUACAGUUGUGUGUAUAAGUGUGUAUGCCAGCAGCAUUCGGAACAGAUGUAUAGUGACCUAAUAAAAAAGAUAACUAACCACUUAGAGAGAGUCUCAAAGGAGCUGCAGGCCAGCCCUCCAGAUCUCUAUAUUGAAAGAUUUAACGUAGCUCUUGGACAAUAUAUGGGAGCAUUGCAGAGCAUUGUGCCUCUUUUCAUAUAUAUGAAUAAAUUUUACAUAGAAACCAAGCUUAACAGAGACUUAAAAGAUGACCUUAUAAAGCUGUUUACGGAACAUGUUGCAGAAAAGCACAUUUACAACCUAAUGCCUUUACUUUUGGAAGCUCAGUCAACACCCUUUCAAAUAACUCCAUCGACCAUGGCAAAUAUUGUGAAAGGCCUGUACACUCUAAGACCAGAAUGGGUACAGAUGGCACCAGCUUUAUUUUCUAAAUUCAUCCCGAACAUUCUACCCCCUGCUGUGGAAUCUGAGCUUCAGGAAUAUGCUGCUCAAGACCAGAAACUUCAAAGAGAACUUAUGCAGAAUGGGUUUACUAGAGGUGACCAGUCACGGAAAAGAGCUGGAGAAGAGUUAUCUUAUAAUGGCUCAUCAGCUUGUGCAAGCUCCAGGGGGUACAGAUAGUGAAUAUACUGGAUCAGCUUUUAUUCCUAGCCACAACAGACACUGGAGGAGCACAAGUGAUAUCCGGAGCCUUCUGUGGCAACUGAUGAUACUUGAGCUCUGACACGAACUAUGCCUCGAAGAAGAAUUUUGGACUCUCUUCUUCAUAUAAUAAAAUGUCAGUUGCUGCUACAAUUGGGAUGACUUUGAAAGACAUGUCUCCUUGGUCUAGUCUCUCAGCAAGUUCAUGCUCUACAAUUAUUGUGAUGAACGCACCUUGAAAAAUAAUCCUGUCAAAGUGGGAAUGGGCAGCCGAAAUCAGCAGCUUCCAAAAGCGUUAGAAUGGAAGAACCUUUUUUGCACUCUUAAUAUUAAGGACGUUCUUAAAACUAGUUAACAUGUCAGUGAAUUAGUUUUUAAACUUCAAGGUAUUUUCUGGAGCUUUUGAUUAAAUAAUAGGAAUAAAUUUUCAUUAUUUUGCAGUAUUUUUUCGUUAGUAUAAAAAUUAUCAUCUUUUAAGAGUUGGUCCCAUAUAAAUGUAUCUUCUGUCAGGGAGUCUUGAAUUCCAGGUUUUAUUUUUUCUUGUUAUUUUGAUCUGCUUUCCUAUAUGUUUGUACUCUGUGCCUUCAGCUUGUGCACUUUGCAACUUUAUAGACCAUAUUUUGUUUACACAAAAUGUGUUCUUGAGGAAAAACUUGAUGUGAACAAACAUGCUGCAAAGUUGCACUUUUCUCUUGCAUCAAUAGGAGGUGAUUUUAAAGAGGAAGGAAGAAAAGUUGAACCAAUUACCAUUAUUAAUUGUGACUCAGAAGUUUGUCCUUUUUCAUUUUUUAUAUGUAUUGGUGUUCAGUGCUGGGACCAACUCUUGUAGAACCCCUCUCUAACUCUUCAUUGGCCUCCAUAAUUGCGGUUGUUUGAGAUGUGAAUUCCAGACUGAAGAAAAUACUGAGGUAUUUUAGGCUGUGUCAUGUGGAAAUGUUAAUUGCCACAGCUGAAUUUUUAGGGUGGAUUGUGGAGAAAUUCUCCACUGUAUUAGGUCUGUAAAGUACGUCUCCAUCAGCACAAACCAGAUUUGCACCUGGUUGAUCAACGAAUGCCACCUUUCCAAGAUCACUGUGUGUCUCUUGUGCUAUUUCUCCUGGUGCAGGGAUGUGAUGGGGGUGUGACGGUGGAUAUAGUCAGAAUCAGGGAGUUCAGGAGUGGUGUAACACAUGCACGUGUGCCUGCUUCCAGACCUGUGUGGGCCCAGCAGGUGGUCCUACUGAGUCCACUUCUAGGAGGUCAGGACCUAUGGUCUGAAUCCUAAUGAUUGUGACGUGAAUUUUUAUCCAUACGUGGCUAAUGUGAUUCCUUUGAGGGGGAAAAUGUACUUGAAAGAGCAGUUUGACUAAGUUUUUUUUAAUUACCAUGGAUUUAUUUUUAUCACUUUUAGUUAAAAAGGUAAAUGAGUUGGUGAUAUAAAAUCUUUCUGAAAUGAAACAAAAGUUUAUUCAGUUAUGUCUUGCACAACUCUCAUUCCUGUUGAAAGCAACAACAAAACAGGACCCCCUGUAUGCUUGCAUGUGUUCAUUCUGAAAGGCAGGAAGAAGAUUUAAUAAUAAUAAUAAUAUAUGCGGCAGGGAUAAACUAUUUUUCUUUAUGCUUUGUAGCCAGACUUCAUGUAAAUGAGUUCAAUGUUAUCAGUUUCACGUGAACCAUUUUGGCAAUAUCUUUAAUUUAGGGGUGGGGGGGUGGAAGGGGAGAAGAAAAAGGACACCGUGAUUGACACCAUGAUUGACAGUCUGAUGAUAGCUAUGUAUUGCUUUGCAAAGAAAACUUAAUUAGGAGGAAGUUUUACAAUUAAAAAUGAAUGCAUCAGUGUCUUGUUUUCCAGGGAGAGCAAUGCCAGCAGUCAUACACCGUACCUAAUAGAGGAAAAGCAAACCAACCUGAAGAGGGAUUUUCAAAUGCUUGUAGCAUUUGUUUCAACUAUGAGGGGGAAAAACAAGAUUUGCCAGCUUCCAGAUUUGUAUCGGUUUUGACUUUAAACAAAAAUAAAACCUCUGGUAGUGUCCUUGGCUUUAAAAAUCACCCUGUGCUGAAAUGACAACACUCUAAUUCGGAGCAGAUACAUUAACCUAACCUGGUUAAAGUCUGUUUACAAUUUCAUUCUCGUUCACGUAGUACGUACAGUAAGUGAGCUCUGUCAUCUCUGUCAACUGAUCACAACUUUUUCUGGUUUUCAGUUGUUUUUGCUGGUUUAGGUUUGUAAACAACAUAGCUUCGUUUGAGGCAAGAGUUUUAACGUUCAUUUUGUGUCAUAUUAUGCUUGGGGCACAAACUUCUAGGACCAUAAUUCCUUCUGAAGAGAGAGCAUUCCUGUCAGCGUGGUUCACUUCAUACGUACUACAAGCAGUGCUUGGAUGCUUCUCAGUCCUGUGCAGCAUUCUCACUCAGCCAACACACAUAAGAAAUCUGUUUGUUAAGCACUGUAUUUACGUUGUAAAUUUGGCAUUAAGUUUGUGUGUUUUGGCAUUAUUAACAUAAUGCUGAAAUAGUGUUUGUCUAAGACUUUAUCAUUGUGACUGAGCAUGAAACGGAGUACAGCAUACUAUACUAAAUUAUUUGUUUCUCUGUAAACUUGCAUUUUACAGUAAAACUAACUCAGCCACCUUUGAGCAUUGGUACUGUAAAGCCACAGCAACUAUGAACAGCAUGAUCCUAACUGCAGUAUUUAAUUUAACCAAAUAACUUGUGGUAAAUCCGUUGCAUCUGUAGCUUACUCUGUUAAGAUCAAGCAGUAAAGUUGGUUAUGCAAUGGGUGUCCUCUCUAUGUUGCACUGGUUCUAUAGCCAAACUUACUACAUUAAAAUAUUUUUUAGAUGAA